GCCUCUGGGAGUGCAAAUGGGCUAUUCAGUUUCGGCUUGAUGACGCCACUUAGCCAUUAACUAUCUCUAGCAAAUUUAUAACCCAAAGCCAGUCCCCACCUCCUCACCAUUCACAUCCUACAUCCCCUCCCGAUCACUCACCCUCUCGCUCCCUCACACACACACACACACACACAGACACACACACACACACACACUCACACACACAUAAGCACAUCCCACACUCACUGGCAGACUUUAAACAGACCUUUAAGAAUAAGAAUAUAUACACAAGCAGCUGAACAGAGAGAGGAACAGAGAGAUAGCAUCCAGCCUUUAAACUAUUUUUGAGGGAAAACAUCAGUGUUGUUUACCAACAAAGGGACUAUUUCUUUCAGGAUUUGGAGGAAAAAAGUACCAGGAUUUUGUUAAGAUUUUUCUUUUUUUUGUGGUUGUUUUUGAGAUGUUUGCAGAAGAUUCUGGGUUUGUAUUGAUUGGACUGUCUGGGUGCUUUGAAAAGGAUAAGAACAUUCAAGGUUGACUAGGGGGAUUUCUCUGUCUGCUAAGUGAACUCUCGCCAGUAUGGAUCUACAUUGUUACAGAGGUUUCUCAGAUGUACCCUGAUACCAGAUCCUGAGUGACCAGCACAGCUCAAGGAAACUCAACAGCUGACUGAUGAUGGAGCCAGACCUGGUAGACCUGCAGCAGGUGCAGGUUCUUUCCAUCGACCAGAUCCGCUCCAUCAGGGCCCAUAAUAACUAUGUGGACCGGCCCAUAACAUCCACUACCCAGUCCAACCCGUCCAUCUCUCAGCAGCAUCAGAAAAUUGAGUGGACCCAGGAACGGCAAGAUCUCCACCGUAGCCAAAGCCAUCACCACCAUCCUCAUCACAGCCACCAAACCCCAUCCAGCACAGUUAGUUCAGUUUCCUGGAGCAGCACAGCGUCCGAACAGAGAUUGCUGGCUGGCCUUACCCCUUCUCAUUCUGGCCCUGUCAUUAUCCGGAUUCAGCCCAAGGGUGAAAUAAAGCCAGAAGAUCUGGUGAAAGGUGUGGUGGACAGUCCAGACCUUAGCCGGCACCUCUUUAUCUGUGAGCUCUGUGGGAAAUGCAAGUGUGAGGAGUGCAGCACCCCUAGAACCCUUCCAUCCUGCUGGCUCUGUGGACAAAGGUGUCUCUGCUCCCUGGAGAAUGCUGUGGAGUAUGGCACCUGUCUCUGCUGCGUUAAGGGAAUCUUCUACCACUGUUCCAGCGACGAUGAAGACAACUGUGCCGACCAGCCCUGUUCUUGCAGCCAGGGCCAGGCUUGCUCCCGUUGGACAACCAUGGGCCUCCUCUCUGUCUUUUUGCCCUGUCUUUGCUGUUACCUCCCUGCUAAGGGCUGCCUCAAGCUCUGCCAAAGAAGCUACGACCGGGCUAAGAGGCCUGGCUGCCGCUGCAGCAACACCAACACGGUUUGUCGGAAGAUCUCCUCCUCCUCAGGCCCAACACCCUUCCCAAAAACUCUGCAGAAGCCUGUAUGACCUCCAAAUGUGGCACUGAAAGACAAAGGAUUCCCAAACCAUAGGGUCAUAUUAGUCUAACCAAACAAAAACUUUAAAACAAUAAUAUAAAAAAACAGACCGGUAACUUAUAAAAAUACCGUAUAACGUUGCCUUUUUUGGGGG